AUGAAGAAUGAGUUGAAUAGGAAUUACUCAGAGCUGACAGAGUUCGUUCUCCUGGGAUUCAGAACAUCUUCAGAAGUACAGAUUCUCUUAUUCUCACUCUUCUUGGUUAUCUAUGUGGUCAUUCUGGUGGGAAAUAUCAGCAUGCUAGUUGUCAUUGAAACUGACUCCAGACUUCAAACACCUAUGUAUUUCUUUCUCAGAAAUUUGUCCUUUUUAGAUCUCUGCUACUCUACAGUCAUUGCUCCCAAAACCCUGGCUACUUUCUUGUCCAAGGACAAGAAAAUUUCUUACAAUGGCUGCGUAACACAGUUCUUUUUCUUUGCUCUCGGUGUUGGGACUGAAGGCUCUCUUCUAGCCGUCAUGGCAUAUGAUCGUUUCUCAGCUAUUUGCUCUCCUCUCCUCUAUACUCUACGUAUGUCUCAGCAGGCUUGUGUUCUUUUGGUGAUUGGCUCCUAUAUCUGUGGAUGCAUCAACUCCGUGAUACAAACAGGUUUCACCUUCAGUUUGCGUUUCUGUGGAGAAAACAGAUUGGACCACUUUUUCUGUGAUGUCCCAGCCCUCAUCCAGAUCUCAUGUGUUGACACCUUCGUGAAUGAGAUUGUACUGUUUAUUUUCUCUGCUCUCAUCAUCAUCACUACUACAACUGUGAUACUGGUUUCCUAUGCUUAUAUCUUCUCCACUGUCCUGAAGAUCCCCUCAACCCAUGGCAGGAGUAAGACCUUCUCCACUUGCAGUUCUCACAUUACCGUGGUGAGCUUAUUUUAUGGGACUGUCUUCUUCAUGUAUGCCCAACCUGGGGCCAUCUCCUCACCAGAAAAAAGCAAGAUUAUAGCUGUGUUCUAUACUCUUAUCAUCCCUAUGUUGAAUCCACUGAUUUAUAGUCUAAGGAAUAGGGAGGUAAAAAAAGCUGUGAAAAAGAUACUGUUGAAGAAAAUAGCUUUUCAUUGA